UAAUCUCUCAUGAUUUAGAUUCUGUUCUUGCAAACACGGAAGUUGUAUAACAUCACAGAGAAGACACACACAUGGUUUUAUAAUAUCAAACAUUGUCUCAAUGACAAACUAACAGCUGCAAGUUUAACGUUAGCAGCGGGAGUAAACAUGGUGAAUCUCGGUCUGACCAGAGUGGACGAUGCGCUGGUCGCCAAACAUCCGGGGUUAGAGACUUAUGCUGCCUGUCAGUCUCGCGCCUUCAUGAAGGGAACUGGCAGCUUUGUACUUGGUGCUGUUGGUUUACUUGCCGUUCAAACGGCUUUACAGAGGAAACUUCCUUAUCCUCUUCAGUGGAGCCUGCUCAUUUCAAUAGUGGCCUCCUCAGUCGGCAGUUAUGCAGUGACUCGCUGGGAAUCACAGAAAUGCUCAGAUCUGUGGCUGCUGCUGGAAACAGGAAAAAUCCCGGACAGAUCACCACCACAGUUGCCUAAACCAGAAGAAUCGAAGGGACCUGGGAAGACAAAAUAUGGCGACGUAAUAGAUUGAACAUGAUCAUAAAUAAACAUAUUUAAACUGUAUAUAUAACUGCUGAAGAAAUAUCUUAUGCACAGUUGUCUGAUGAUGAUGCCGAUGGUAGAACUUCUUGUCCUUACUUGAAUACAUGACUUUAUUACAACAAUG